GUGGCUAAGUUCAAAGAGUGUGUUAUGGGAGAAGGGAAGCCCAUGAAAGCUGAAGCUGAGGCCUCGUCAGUGUCUGCACGAGCUCCAGAUCAGAAGACACCUGUUCAAGAACAGAAAGAAUCAGUUUCCCCAGUUUCAGAAAAGCCAGAGACUGGAGAUCCUACAACUGAAAUGACUUCAACUGACAGAGAUGCAGAGCUUGAAAAGGUUGAAUCAGAGAAAAGAUAUGCCUUAAUCAAGGCAUGGGAAGAAAAUGAGAAGGCUAAAGUGGAGAACAAAACUCACAAAAAGAUUUUGGCUGUUGCAUCAUGGGAGACCACCAAGAAAGCAUACGUGGAGACACAAAUAAAGAAGUAUGAGGAAAAAGUUGAAAAGAAGAAGGCCAAAUAUGCAGAGAAAAAGAAGAACAAAAUAGCGGAAAUCCACAAGGAAAGGGAAGAGAAGAGAGCAAUGGUUGAAGCAAAACGAGAAGAACAAUAUCGCAAGGUAGAGGAAAUUGCAGCAAGAUACCGUUCACUUGGAUAUAUGCCAAGGAAGUUUCUUGGAUGCUUUGCCAACUAAGAUGUCUUGGCAAAUUCUAAAGAAUAAUAGAAUGAGAAAAGAAGGUUUCAUGAUUGAGUAUACAUCAUUCUUUAGCU